UGCUGCAGUUGUACUUUGUCAAGCGGUUAAGACCGCGCUCUGCUCACAGGAAGUGCUCUAUAAAUAUCACUGAUGGCACCCCACUUGCCCCAUUGAUUGAUUGGCUCAUUCCGUUACUCCGAACAAAGAUGGACCGCCGAGGAUAAUGAACGCACAGUUCCUCUUAGCAUCCCGGUACUACUUGCAGUGCGGAAUGUUGGGCUGGGCGACCGUUAAUCGAACCUAGCAGUGGCGCUGCUUAGGUUCGUAUAACUAGUGUUGCCAGCAGCCACCCCCCAUUGACAACGUAGGGGGUCCCCGCAAGAAAACCCCCUCCUCCUGCACCCCUCCGCGCCCCACCGAAAAACAACGAUCCCCCGCCCCAGCAUCCUGCGAAACGAGCCGCUCCCUCCAGAAGUCUGAAGCCAUUCUGUUGACUGGAUCCAGAGUCCACCGUUGUCCGAAGAGAAUCCCUUUUGGCUCCCGGGUGAUGGCGCGUCCCCUGACCGAGAGUUGAACUCAAGAGUUGCCCCAGAUUCUACCUCAUGCAUCGUUCCCUACUGUUGGUGUGCUACAGCUCGGCAAAUCUGAGCAGGAGCUCUACCGACUGUCUUAAAAGACUGCCGAAAAAGAAAGCCGAGCUACGUAGUUAAUGCGUAAAGCCCUAGGAGCGGGUCGGAGUCUCGGAUAGUUUUGAUUCAUCGAUCUUGGUGGCCACUGCUGAAUGUCAGUCUCUAGUACCGAACGCUGCAGAUGACAGCCCUUUCUUCCUCCUUUACACCUGAAACAUUUACUUGACCCUCUUCCAUCAGAAAGAUCCCAGCUUCUCUCAUUUGGUCCUGGAGACAUUAAUGGAAUACAGUCAUGUCCACACACGACGAGAGGCAGAUUAAUACGGAAUAUGCUGUAUCCCUGCUGGAGCAGUUCAGACUGUUCUACGAACAGCAGUUGCUAACUGACAUAGUGUUAAUUGUCGAGGGCACUGAAUUCCCUUGUCACAAGAUGGUUCUUGCAACUUGCAGCUCUUAUUUCAGCUUCCCGAUGGUUCAGUGCUCCGUCCCCGCUCUGUCCUGCGCUCCAGUUGGGGAACACGUCCCAGCUGGCAUCGAACUCUCCCGAGCGCUGCGUACAGCGCUCCGCCCGCGGGCCAUGUUCAUGAGCGGCCUGAGCGAAAGCAAACAGACGCACGUACACCUGCGGAAUGUGGACGCGGCCACUUUACAGCUGAUAAUAACUUACGCCUACACGGGUAACCUGGCGGUAAAUGACAGCACCGUCGAACAGCUGUACGAGACAGCUUGCUUCCUCCAGGUCGAAGACGUGCUGCAGCAGUGCCGAGAGUACUUGAUUAAAAAAAUCAACGCGGAGAAUUGCGUUCGACUCUUGAGCUUCGCCGACCUCUUCAGCUGCGAGGAGUUAAAAGAGACCGCCAAAAGGAUGGUGGAGCACAAGUUCGCCGCCGUGUGCCACCAGGACGCUUUCAUGCAACUGUCCCACGACCUGCUGGUGGACAUCCUGAGCAGUGACAAUUUAAACGUGGAGAAGGAGGAGACGGUCCGCGAAGCCGCCAUGCUGUGGCUGGAGUACAACCCGGACUCCCGAUCCCAGUAUCUGUCUUCCGUCCUGAGCCAGAUCCGCAUCGACGCGCUCUCCGAGGUCACCCAGCGGGCGUGGUUCCAGGGCCUGCCGCCCAACGACAAGUCCGUGGUGGUUCAGGGGCUCUACAAGUCCAUGCCCAAGUUUUUCAAACCCCGCCUGGGGAUGACCAAAGAGGAGAUGAUGAUAUUCAUCGAAGCCGCCUCCGAGAACACCGGCGGUCUCUUCUCUUCGGUCUGUUACAGCCCCCAGGCGGAGAAGAUGUACAAGAUCUGCAGCCCCCCCGCCGACCUGCACAAGGUGGGCACCCUCGUGACCCCGGAUAACGACCUCUACAUAGCCGGCGGGCAGGUGCCCCUGAAGAGCGCCAAAGUGAACCACGGCAAGACCAGCAAGCUGCAGACGACCUUCCGGACGGUGAACUGCUUCUACUGGUUCGACGCCCAGCAGAACGCCUGGUUCCCCAAGACGCCGAUGCUCUUCGUCCGCGUCCAGCCGUCUCUGGUGUGCUGCGAAGGGUACAUCUACGCCAUCGGGGGGGACAGCGUGGGCGGGGAGCUGAACCGCCGGACGGUGGAGCGCUACGACACGGAGAGGGACGAGUGGACCAUGGUGAGCCCCUUGCCCUGCGCCUGGCAGUGGAGCGUGGCGGUGGCGGUGCACGACUGCAUUUACGUGAUGACCCUGAACCUCAUGUACUGCUACUUCCCCCGCUCGGAUUCCUGGGUGGAGAUGGCCAUGCGGCAGACGAGCCGCUCCUUCGCCUCGGCCGCCGCCUUCGGGGACAGCAUCUUCUACAUCGGGGGCCUGCACGUGGGCGGCAACAGCGGCGUGCGGUUCCCCUCCGGCUCCGUCGACGGGCCUUCCAUCACGGUGGAGAUUUACGACGUGAAUAAGAACGAGUGGAGGAUGGCGGCCAACAUCCCCGCCAAGCGGUACUCGGACCCCUGCGUCCGCGCGCUGGUCAUCUCCGACUCCCUGUGCGUCUUCAUGCGGGAAACCCACUGGAACGAGAGGGCCAAGUACGCCACUUACCAGUACGACCUGGAACUCGACCGCUGGUCCCUGAGGCAGCACAUAUCGGAGCGGGUCCUCUGGGAUUUGGGGAGGGACUUCCGGUGCACCGUGGGGAAGCUCUACCCCUCCUGCCUCGAGGAGUCCCCGUGGAAACCCCCGACGUACCUCUUCUCGCCCGACGGGGCCGACGAGUUCGAGCUGGACGGGGAGAUGGUGGUGCUUCCCCUGGUGUAGCCGGGGAGCGGGGGGAGGGUCCGGCCGGCUUCCCGGCGGCCGCGGGGAGGGCCCCCGGGAGAGGCCGAGACCCAGCCCGGGGACCUCCGGAAACGAACCCCUUCCCGGACUGGGGUUUGGGGCGCCCCACGUGACUCUUGCAGCAAUCCCGGACGGAACGGUCGGUCUUGCCGAGAGAGAGAGAGAGAGAGAGAGAGAGAGAGAUAUGCUUCCAUAAUCCGAUGAAAUAAAUAGCUUAUCCGAUCAUUAA